AUGGAGCACAUGUUUAAAGUACCCGAUCCUCUCGUAUUAGAUGGAAAUAUUGCAGAAAAUUGGAGGAAGUUCAUCCAGAAAUUUUACUUGUUCUUGGCUGCAUCAGAUCUCGACUCCAAGCCGGAAGAAAAGAAAAUUGCUAUACUCCUGAAUGUGAUAGGUGAUGAAGCUCUUGAACUUCACAACACAUUUCCCAUCAAUGCAGAUGAACAGAAGUCGCUGGCUAAAAUCAAGAAGUGCUUUGAAGAUUAUUGUUCUCCAAAGAAAAAUGUAAUUUUUGAAAGGUUUAAAUUCAAUAGCAUCGUUCAGAAGGAAGCUCAACCUUUUGACAAUUUUGUCACCGAAUUGAGAAAAGCUGUGCAAUCAACAGAAUAUCCAGAGCCAGACUCUUUGGUGAGAGACAGAAUUGUUAUGGGCAUUUUUGAUAAAACCACCCAGGAGCGAUUGUUGCGUGAACCAAACCUAACUUUGGAAAGAAGCAUAAACUUCUGUAGAGCUGUUGAGAUAAGCAAAAGUCAGUCGAAGGCCCUGCAAAAUGAAGCAGAAAUAAGUUAUGUAAAAUCAAAUGUCAGAAAGACCAACAAUGAAGAGAAGCCCUGUAGAGCAUGUGGAUACAAUCACCCACCAAGGAAGUGUCCAGCAUUUAGGAAAACGUGUGCCAAAUGCCAGGGACAGAACCACUUCGCAAAGAUGUGCAAGAAAGGAAAGAAUUUUCAAACUGGAAAGGAAGAUCAAAGAAAAAAGGUUGAUGAGGUAACAAGAGAGAAGAACGAGGAAGGUAGCAGUAGUGAGUGUGAUUACUACAUUGACUCCAUCGACAAAUGUAUAGGAUCAGUAAAUGGUAGUUUAGAUGUGAAAAUGUGGACAAAAAAGGUAUUUAUAAAUGAGCAACCUAUUGAAUUUAAGCUUGACACUGGUGCUGAAGUAAGUGUAUUACCACUCAAAAUUUUGAAACAAAUAAGUCCUACUAGAAGUUUUCCAGGGGAAUAUCACAUAACCUUGAAAGAUAACGUAUCCCCCAAUCUCACUCCUAUUAGACGAGUUCCUCAGAUACUACACGAGAGACUCAAAGCUAAACUUUUAGAAAUGGAAUCUAAAGGUAUCAUCAGAAAAGUUGAAUAACCAACAGAAUGGGUUCACCCAUUAGUAAUUGUGGAAAAACAAAGUGGUUAUUUGAGGUUAUGCUUGGAUCCCAAACACCUGAACAAUGCGAUCAGAAGGGAACACUUUCUUAUUCCCUCUAUGGAUGAAAUUGCUGGGAAGCUCAGUAAUAAACAAUUUUUUACAGGGUUAGACAUGAAAGACGGAUACUGGCAGGUUUGUCUGGAUGCCAGUAGUUCUGACCUCUGCACGUUUGGAACACCAUUUGGACGAUAUCAGUUCACUAGAAUGCCGUUUGGAAUCAACUCAGCUCCGGAGGUUUUUCAAAGGAAAAACUACGAGAUAUUUGGUGAUUUGCAAGGAGUAGGCAUCUACUUUGAUGAUCUGAUAGUCACAGGUGAAACAGAGGCUGAACAUGACCGUAACCUAAAACGUGUGUUAGAUUUAGCAAAAAAAUACAAUAUAAAAUUCAAUCGAUCCAAAAUACAAUUUAAACAAAAUAGUGUGAGAUUUUUAGGACAGAUGAUUUCCAAAGAAGGAGUAAGACCGAAUGAAAAUUACACUAGAGCAAUAAGGGAUAUGCCAAUCCCUGAAAAGAAGAAGGAACUACUACGCUUUCUAGGAAUGGUUAAGUACGUAGGUAAAUUUAUCCCGAAUUUAUCAAAAAUAACAGCUUGUCUGAGAAAUUUGACCAGACUUGAUGUUGAAUGGAAGUGGUCUGAUCAACAUCAGAGAACGAUGAAUCAAUUGAAGCAUUUGCUUACACAAGCCCCUGUUUUGUCAUUCUUUGAUCCGUCAAAGGAGGUAGAAAUAGAAACAGAUUAA